GCCCCGCGCCGCCCCGUAGUAGCCAGCGAGCGGGGGAACCGUGCGGGCGGCAGCGGCCGCAGCCCUGCGCCAGCCGCGCCGCGGAGAUGCGCGUUCCCGCCGCCCUGUGAGCGCCGCCGGCGGAGACGGCGACGGGAGCGACGUCCCCCGCAGCGGCUUUGACUGCCGGGGCGCUCGCCGCGCCCUGCUCCAGCGCACGGAAGAGGAAGGCGAGGGGGAGAGGGCCCGGCGGACGGUCCCGCUGCGGCCGCGGCGCCCGAGCCUCCCCGUCGGGACUCCAGUGGCGAGAGGCGGAGGAGGCGGCGGCCGGAGCCGGACCGGGGGGCGCUCGCCGCUGCCCCGGGGCCGGGACAUGUCGUCGGCGGCGGUGGCGGCUGCUUCCCGCAGGCAGUCGUGCUACCUGUGCGACCUGCCCCGCAUGCCCUGGGCCAUGAUCUGGGACUUCACCGAGCCCGUCUGCCGAGGCUGCGUCAACUACGAGGGCGCCGACCGCGUGGAGUUCGUCAUCGACACGGCGCGGCAGCUGAAGCGGGCGCACGGCUGCUUCCCCGAAGGCCGGGCCCCGCCGCCGCCCCACGCCAAGCAGCCGCCGCUCUCCGCCAAGGAGCUCCUGGCGCAGCAGCAGCAGCUCGGCCACCCCGCGGCGGCGGAGGCGGCGGCGCGGCCCCCGCCGCAGCCCCUGGAGCGCUACCCGCUGGCGGCCGAGCGGCCGCCGCCCCGCUUGGGCGCCGAGUACGGCGGCGGCCGGCAGGUCAACGGCAUCUUGGUGCCCAACGGCUUCCCAAAGCCCGAGGAGCCGCCCGAGCUCAACCGGCAGAGCCCCAACCCGCGGCGGACGCACGCCGUACCCCCCACCCUAGUGCCCCUGGUUAACGGCGCCGGGCUCCCCGCCGCCAUCGGCGGCCUCGGCAGUCGCGCCGCCGCUGCCGCCGCCGCCUCCCUGGCCGCCAUCUCCGCCGCGCCCGCCACGAUGGCCGUGCCCGUAUCCCAGCAGCCGGCGGCGCAAGCGGCGGGGCAGGCGGCGGGGCAGCCCGGCGAGCUGGGGCACAAACGCCCCGGCUCCGUCUCGUCCUCCUCCUCCUCCUCGGGCGGCGGCGCGUCGGGGGAGCACGACGGCGGCGCCAAGGAGAAGCGGGGCUCGGCCGAGAGCCUGCCAGCGGCGGCGGCAGAGCUGGCCGCCGAGGGCAAGAGCCGGCCCGGCAGCGAGCAGGAGUGGCUGACCAAGCCCAAGACUGUGCGGGACACGUUGCUGGCCCUGCACCAGCACGGCGCCCACGGCGUGCCCUCCUUCGACAGCAAGUUCAAGAAGGAGCCGGGCAUGGCGGGCGGCAGGCUGCUGGGCUACGAGACCAACGGCGCGGUGGCCAAGCCAGGGGCCCGGGCCGCCCGGAAGAGGAAGCCUUCGCCCGAGCCGGAGGGCGAGGCGGGACCCCCGAAGAUCAACGGGGAGGUGCAGCCAUGGCUGCCCACCUCGUCGGAAGGGAUGAAGCUGCCGCUGACGGCCACCCCCUUCAUGUCACCCCCGCCGCCCACCGCCUCGCCCCACUCCAACUCCAACCGGACCACGCCGCCCGAAGCGGCCCAGAACGGCCAGUCUCCCAUGGCCGCCCUCAUUUUGGUGGCGGACAAUGCCGGGGGCAACCACGCCUCCAAAGACGCCAACCAGGUCCACUCCACCACGCGGAGGAACAGCAGCAGCCCCCCCUCGCCCUCCGCCAUGAACCAAAGAAGGCUGGGCCCCGGCAGGGAGGUGCCAGGCCAGGGGGCCAACACGGCGGGCGGGCUGGAGCCCGUCCACCCCGCCAGCCUGCCGGACUCGUCCCUCGCCGCCAGCGUCCCGUUGUGUUGUACCCUCUGCCACGAGCGCCUGGAAGACACCCACUUCGUGCAGUGCCCCUCCGUCCCCUCCCACAAGUUCUGCUUCCCCUGCUCCCGGCAGAGCAUCAAGCAGCAGGGAGCCAGCGGGGAGGUCUACUGUCCCAGUGGGGAGAAGUGUCCCCUGGUCGGCUCCAACGUCCCUUGGGCUUUCAUGCAGGGGGAGAUCGCCACAAUCCUGGCUGGAGAUGUGAAAGUGAAAAAGGAGAGGGACUCGUGACUUGCCCACUCUCGCUGCCCAACGUCACCUUGAACUCGAACUGCUCGAAUUGUGUAUAUAUCUAUAAAUAUAUAUAUAUAAAUAUAUAUAUAUCUCCAAGACAAGGGAAAUGUAGACUUCAUAAACAUGGCUGUAUAAUUUUGAUUUUUUUGAAUACAUUGUGUUUCUAUAUUUUUUGAAGACAAAAGGUAUGUACUUAUUAUAAAGGCAUUUCUUCUAAUUCUUCUCCUUUUUUGGUUUUUCUGUUGGGUUUUGGUUUUUUUUGGUUGAUUUUUGUUUCUUUUCUCCCUUUUGUUAUAGCAACUAUUUGUUGUGCUUCCCUGGUGACAGUUACUGUUCAGUGUAGGCUGUGACUUGCGCUGCUUUUUUUAGAGAGCACUUGGCAAAACAGAAAUGCUUCUAGCUGUAUUUGUAUGCACUUGUUUCUUUUUUUUUUUUGCUGUUUGUUUGUGUUUCCUUUUUUCUUUUUUUUUUUUUAAUGCCAAAUACACUUUCUGACAUUGUAAAGAUUGCCUUACCGUCUGUGAUUCCUUAUUCCUGGCCCCUGUCCUGUAGAGCUGGUCGCAUGCAGGCUUGGUCUGAGGCGGUUGGGGAGAAGAGUGGCUAGCCAAGGUGGGGGUGCCCCUUGUCAUCCCUGGAGCUUAGGGAGCAUGAGGGCUUUCUCCCAGAAACACGUGGCUUGGGUUGCAACAGCAGAUCCACCAGAUCCAGUCCCAAAUUCCCCCGUGUUUCUUACGGGAAGUUGCCUCCAGAGUAGUAUGUGGAGAGGUGCCCGAGAGGCGCUGUUGAGUUAGGGUUUUCUGGGUUUGGUUUUGGUUUGAUGGUUUGUUGUUUGUUGAUUUUCUAAUUUCUUUUAAGGCAAAGUUGUCUGCAGUUCACGUGAUCAGUUGUAAGAUUACAAAACUGCAUUUAUUCACCAAUUACGUACCGUAACGUGGAAUUUUGAUAACGAACUUAAUUACACGAUUGGCGAAGGUGCCAACAUAGCACUGCCAUCUCCAAAGGUCUUGAGCAUCACCUUUUGUGUCUUUUGGUGGGGGAGAGACUGAUUUUCUUUUUAAAUUUUACUUUGAUUUUCAGAUAGCGCAGGUGGACUUUGAGUUUGCUUAUCAGUCACCUCUACUGCUGUUGCUAUUGUUACUAUCGCUGACCCGGUCUUACCAAGUAGUGGCAGGUACGGUGUGGUACAGUGACAGCAGUGACUGAGUUUCUGCCAGAUUGCCCCGGGGGCAUAUCAGUGACAGCCCAGAUGUGGGUGGAGGAAACCUGUAAUUUCCUUGUUACGUGUGCUUGAAACAAACCUACUGCUAUUCUUUGAAAAUGGAAAUAUAAACUGGUUGAAAUGAAAGCAAUUAGGGCUGCACAUACUGGCCCUGGCCCUGCCUUUUAAGCUAUUUUGGAGAACUCUUUUGUAAAGCCACUUCUUAUGAUCACGCUUCUGCAUCACCAAGCAGACUUCUAAAAUCAAUAAAUCAUUGGUUACUAGAAAUA